CGCCCCGGAGCGGCCGCUGCGCCCCCCGAGAGCCCCGGCACCCCGGCAUGGCGCGGCCGCCCGUGCCCAGCUCGCAGAAAGCGCUGCUGCUGGAGCUGAAGGGGCUGCAGGAGGAGCCCGUGGAGGGGUUCCGGGUCGGGCUGGUGGACGAAGGGGACCUGUACACCUGGGACGUGGCCAUCUUCGGGCCCCCGGACACCCACUACGAGGGCGGGUACUUCAAGGCUCGUCUCCGGUUUCCCAUCGACUACCCCUACUCUCCUCCUGCCUUCAGGUUCCUAACCAAAAUGUGGCACCCCAAUAUCUACGAGACAGGUGAUGUCUGCAUCUCCAUCCUCCACCCACCUGUGGAUGACCCGCAGAGCGGGGAGCUGCCGUCGGAGCGCUGGAACCCCACCCAGAACGUGCGGACCAUUCUGCUGAGUGUGAUCUCGCUGCUGAAUGAGCCCAACACGUUUUCCCCAGCCAACGUGGACGCCUCCGUGAUGUACCGCAAAUGGAAGGAGAGCAAAGGGAAGGACCGGGAGUACACGGACAUCAUCAGGAAGCAAGUGCUGGGCACCAAGGUGGACGCUGAGCGGGAUGGAGUGAAGGUCCCCACCACGCUGGCUGAGUACUGUGUGAAGACCAAGACUCCAGCCCCGAUGAGGGCUCAAGACCUCUUUUAUGAUGACUAUUACGAGGAUGAUGAGAUGGAGGAGGAAGCCGAGAGCUGUUACGGUUGAUGAGGAUGACUCGGGAAUGAGGAAUCUUGAUGGCCCUCUGGCUUUGCAAAACUUAUUACAAACUACUGAAUUUACCCUCACUAGAACAAACUGGUUUGAAUUUAGGAUCUGUCAGCCCCAAAUUAACUCUCUACCUCGCAGGGAGACUGUUCCUGCUGUUGCAAAGGAAAUCCCAUUGCUUGUCUUUGCAGGAAAAGAUAACCCCCCUAUUUUAUAAACUUCCGGGGGGGCAAGGGUGGAGAGGGGGAAGCUGUGUUGGGGGAGUUUACAAAGCCACAAAAAACUGAGGUGCUGGUGGCCUGCCUGGCGGUAGGAGUGACAACCCGGCCUGGUGUUGGCUGCCCCUCAUUUGGGUAUGUUCAGCUUCUCUUCAUCCAAUGGGGUGUAGCAGCAGUUUGGGGGGCUUGUGGGGGGGGUGAGUGGUUGCUUUGGUGGGGGGGGCAGCGUGUUGAGUGCUUGUUUGGCUUUCAACACCUUUUGGGGUUCACCCUGCAGCUGUCUGUGCUACUCCCCAGAGGACCCUUUUGCCUUCCUCUACCCCCAUGUUGUUGGAGCU